UGUGUGACAGCAGGGGCGGGCGAAAGCGAAGCGGCGGGCGGCCAGAACUCAAGUCGGAACACAACGGAAAGACGACCGACCCGCGGGAGCGGGUGUAGCAUCUCCUCGUCUUCACCACCACCGGACUUUACACCCCCCCCCCCCCCCCCGCUCCGGGACUCACAUGGCUUCUGUGAGCAGUGCGGAGCGACGGGCUUUUGCUUUAAAAAUCAACAGGCAUUCAUCUGCAGAGAUCAGGCGAAACUUCAGUGGCAACUAUGGUUAUUAUCACAGAAGGACAAACUCCAAUGCUUCGACCACAACGUACCUCACUGUGCCGCAGUCCUAUGACGCAGUGGAUCCUUUGGACCUGGAGGAAUUCCUGAUGUCGCAACUGCGAAGCGGGGACUCCUCCCUGAUGCAGGAGCUCGGCGACUUUCCUGACGACGACCUGAAGGUGGACCUGGUGGAGAAGGAGUGUCGCACUGUCCGGCACCCUGUCCCUCACGAUGGAGUGGAGUUGGAUCCCCACGUGAGAGAUUGCGUCAAGAGUUACACCCAGCCGUGGCUUGUAGUGUCUAGAAGAUGCCAAGGGGAUGGCUGGAGUGCAUAUUCAGAGCGAGCUGGCCUGCACAAGCUCCUUCAGAGACAGACGUUUGAGUCUGACGUCCAGUCCCUCAAAGACGACACACCAGUCAAGUCUCCGACUCUGGCGGGCCUGAAUGAUGACAGUGGCCGCACUCUGACCUCCUCCGACUUUGACCUGCGCUGUUUGACUCCAGACCAGAGGGUGGGGGGGCUGCUGGCCUUCAGCAGUCCCGAGGAACUGGACCGCUUUAACCAGGAGAGCCGCCAAGGAAACAGACACCCCGAAGUUUUUGCGCUGUAUCCACCCGCUGAUGAGGAAGACGCAGUGGAGAUCCGACCCAUCCCCGACUGCCCGAAAGAACACAUUGGAGACCGCAUUCUGAUCCGAUGCCAGGCCAUCAAGUUUGAAAUUGACAUCGAGCCCAUAUUUGCCACCAUGGCCUUGUAUGACCUGAAAGAGAAGAAAAAGGUAUCUGAAAACUUCUACUGUGACCUGAACUCUGAGCAAUUUAAAGGCUUUUUGCGAUCGCACACACCUCACGUGGAUCCUUCCUCGUUGGCUCGGUCGGCCAUUUUCUCUGUCACCUACCCUUCAUCAGACAUAUAUUUGGUCAUCAAGAUUGAAAAAGUCCUUCAACAAGGCGAGAUUGGUGACUGCGCAGAGCCUUACAUGACAAUGAGGGAUUGCGAAUCUUCAAAGAACAAGGACAAGCUGGAGAAACUCCGAGGCCAGGCAGAGGGCUUCUGCCACAGGCUGGGUCGCUACCGUAUGCCCUUCGCCUGGGCCACUGUCAACAUCAUGGAAGUCAUCAGCACUGCCGCCAUAGACCGCGACGUCACCGACUCUGAUACCAUGAAAGGGAAAUCCAGCAGCAUAGAUCGGAAAGCACAGUUGCCGAGGAGGAACUCUGAACGUUUCAGCACCUUCGACGAGCAACCGUGUAACAUAUCAGCCUUCAAGCCUGCCACGAUCACCAUCAGCACCAUCUUCAAACAGGAAGGGGAUCGUUUGAGUGAUGAGGACUUGCUCAAAUUUCUGUAUGAGAUUAAGAAAACAUCCACUCCACAGAGAAGAAUCAAGACGAUAUCAGGCUCUAUAAAGUUGGACAUGUCGCCACUGCACGACUUGCCUCAGGCCUGUUUGUCCACCGAGCUCAUCCCUCUCAUCCCUGUGGCUGAGAAGAACAUUCGACAUGUCAAAGAAGUGUUGGAGUUCCCUUCCAGUGAGGUUUACGUCCCUCAUAACAUUUAUAGGAACCUGCUCUUUAUUUAUCCCCAGAGGCUGAACUUUGUUAACAGGUUGACGUCUGCGCGAAACAUUACCAUCAAAAUCCAGUUUAUGAGCGGAGAAGACCCCAACUGCGCUCUACCUGUAAUUUUUGGCAAAUCCAGCGGCCCUGAAUUUGUGCGGGAAGUGUACACUCCUGUUACCUACCAUAACAAGUCCCCAGAUUUCUAUGAGGAGGUGAAGGUGGCCCUUCCCGCCCGUUUAACGGAGCGACACCACUUGCUCUUCACCUUUUACCACAUCAGCUGCCACCAGAAGCAGAACCAGAGCAACAGCUGCGAAACACUCAUUGGCUACUCUUGGCUACCCAUGUGGAUUAAUGACAGACUGCACACAGGUCAGUUCUGCUUGCCCGUUGUCUUGGAACGACUACCUCCUAAUUACUCGCUGCACACUGCUGAGAAACUUCCUUCUCAAAUUCCUCCAGUCAAGUGGAUGGAAAGCCACAAGGGAUUGUUCAAUUUGGAGGUCCAGGCUGUGUCUUCUGCGCACACUCAGGACAACCAUUUGGAGCGCUUCUUCACCCUCUGUCAUGCGCUGGAAGGUGGCGCCACGUUUCCUCUGCGCGUCCGAGAGGAGAAGAUUCCUGAAAAUAAGCUGGAGCAUGAGCUAAAGCUCAGCAUCAUCUCCCUGUCCUCAUCCAGCCUGGAGCCACUGGUGCUCUUUCUUCACCUGGUACUGGACAAUCUGUUCAUGCUCAUCAUGCAGCCCAUGCUAAUUGCUGGCCAGACCGCCAACCUGGCGCAGAUUGCAUUCGAGUCGGUGGUCUCCAUUGUCAACAGUCUGCAUACCAGCCAGGAGCUGUCCAGGGACCAGCAGGGCCGCAACAGCAUAUUGGCGUCAUACCUUUAUUGGGUGUUUCGUCUACCAGACCCCCCUCGAGACAUUCCAAAUGGAACAGGCGGUGAAAUGCCAUCUUCAGAGAGCCGUUACAGCACCAUGGGCCGAGCCUCUGCGACCACGGUGGGCAAUAUGCUCCUGCAGUCCAGGAUCCGCAGCAGCAGCAACCCUGACAUCCCUGCGCCACACUCGUCUGCCGAGGAUGCCGAGGUCAAACACAUCUUGGCUGCCAAGGGCCACAACCUCCCAGGCAGUCGCAUGUCUACCAUUUUGGAUACAAACAGCCAUCAGAACGCAACAGGAAGCACCAGACCCUCCAGCAGAAAGCAGUUUCACGAGGAGCUGGCUCUGCAGAUGGUGGUCAGCACGGGGGUGUGCAGGGAGAACGCGUACAAAUACGCGUGGUUCUUCUUUGAGCUGCUGGUGAAAAGCAUGGCCCAGCAUGUGUCCCAGCUGGACACCAACAGCGUGCCGCGGAGGAGCCGCUUCUCCGACCGCUUUAAAGACGACAUCACCACCAUCGUCUCUGUGGUCACAGCUGAGAUCGGGACCAUUCUCGUCAAGCAGCACAAGGAGGUGGAGCAAGCAGAGAAAGUCAACAUCAGCUUGGCCUUCUUCCUCUACGACCUGCUGUCUCUCAUGGACCGAGGCUUCAUCUUCCUUCUGGUGAAAAACUACUGCAAUCAGAUGUCUGCCAAAACUGUUUCGAUGCCAACGCUGAUCAGCAUGCGUCUGGAGUUCCUGCGAAUCCUGUGCAGUCACGAGCACUACCUCAACCUCAGCCUGUUCUUCAGCAGUCCAGCCUCAGCUCCGGCCUCCCCGUGCCCGUCCAUCUCCUCACAGAGCUCCGGUUCGUGUAGUUUCCAAGAGCAGCAAAGGAUCCUGGGCCUUUUUGAGCUCUCUCCAGAGUUCAAGCAGCAGCACUACCUCACCGGCCUGCUCCUCACAGAGCUCAGCGCGGCCCUCGACAUGGAGUCAGAGGGGGGAAAGGUCCAGAGGAAAGCUAUCAACGCCAUCUUCAGCCUGCUGUGCUCUCACGAUUUGGACCAUCGCUGCGUCAAGAGCGAGGUCAGAGCCAAGAUGGCUGCCCUCUACUUGCCCUUGGUGGGCAUCAUCAUUGACUCCACCAACUACCUGGAUUUCACUGUGUCAGACGCACGCUCCGCAAAGAACAAAAGUGGUGGACCCGAGGACGACCUUGACAGCGUUCCACCCAUCAAUCAAUCUGUUGCCAUGGCGAUUGCCGGCAACCCUUUCAACACGCUGGGGAGGAACGUUCUUGUUUCCAUGGCAUCCAUGCAGGGUAAAGCGGUAGCCACCCUGGCGGCGGACACCAGCCGCCACCUGCUGGUCUGCUUCCUGUGGGUGAUGAAGAAUGCCGACCGGGGUCUGAUCCAGCGCUGGACUGUGGAGAUGCCCCCUUCGCAGCUCAACAAGCUGCUGGAGCUUCUUACUAUCUGUGUGUCCUGCUUUGAGUACCGGGGUCACCAGAGCAGUGAUAAAGUCAGCACGCAGGCUUUACAGAAAUCUCAGCAAGCUAAGCUCCAGCUGGAAGAAGCCCUGCUGAGGGGGAUGGGAGCCCGGGGAGAGAUGAUGAAGCGAGUCGGAGGAAUGGACAGAACGAUGGGUCAAAGAGAGAACCUGCGCUGGAGGAAAGAUCUCACCCAGUGGAGACAGACCAAUGACAGACACGAUAAGACCAAGGCGGAGUUGGACCAGGAGGCCCUGAUCAGCGGAAACUUGGCCACAGAAGCAAACCUCAUCGUUUUGGACCUGCUGGAGACCAUUGUGCAGGCGGUGCCACUGGCAGACUGUAAGGACAGCGUGGUGGGCGGUGUAUUGAAGGUGUUACUCCACUCUCUGACCUGCAACCAGAGCACCACCUUCCUCUCGCACACCUUCAGCACACUCAGAGCGCUUGUUGUCAAGUUUUGCGAGCUGCUCUUUGAAGAGGAGGCAGAGCAGUGUGCGGAUCUGUGCCAGAAGGUCCUCCAGUACUGCAGCAGCCCCGUGGACGGGAACCGGAUUCAGGCGUGCGCCACACUCUACCUCAUCAUGAGAUACAGCUACAGCAAUGCCAGCAACUUCUCCAGGGUGAAGAUGCAGGUCACCAUGUCGCUGGCCUCCCUGGUGGGCAAGUCGUCCGACUUCCAGGAGGAACAUCUGAGACGUUCCCUGCGCACCAUCCUGGCCUACGCCGAAGAGGACGCCGAGAUGCAGAACACGCAGUUGCCCUCGCAGGUGGACGAGCUCCUGAGGAACCUCAACAGCAUCUUGUCAGACACGGUGAAAAUGCGAGAGUUCCAGGAGGAUCCCGAAAUGCUCAUGGACCUCAUGUACAGGAUAGCAAAAGGCUACCAGACGUCUCCCGACCUGCGUCUGACGUGGCUCCAGAACAUGGCAGAGAAGCACAACAACAGGAAAUGCUACACCGAGGCGGCGAUGUGUCUGGUACACGCUGCAGCUCUGGUGGCUGAGUACCUCAGCAUGCUGGAGGAUCACAAGUACUUGCCAGUUGGCAGCGUCACCUUCCAGAGCAUCUCCUCCAAUGUCCUGGAGGAGUCGGCCGUGUCAGACGACAUCCUGUCCCCGGACGAGGACGGCGUGUGCUCCGGCCGCUGCUUCACGGAGAGCGGCCUCGUGGGGUUGCUGGAGCAGGCCGCCGAGCUCUUCAGCAACGGCGGUCUGUACGAGGCCGUUAACGAGGUCUACAAGGUUAUCAUUCCUAUCUUGGAGGCUCACCGGGACUUCAGGAAGCUGGCGUCCACGCACGACAAACUGCAGAGAGCUUUUGAUAAUAUUAUUCAAAAGGGCCACAAGAGGAUGUUCGGCACGUAUUUCCGGGUGGGUUUUUACGGUGGCAAGUUUGGAGACCUGGAUGAGCGGGAAUUCAUCUACAAGGAGCCGGCAAUCACGCACCUGCCCGAGAUAUCGCACCGACUGGAGAACUUUUAUGGUCAGUGUUUCGGGGAAGACGUUCUGGUGAUGAUCAAAGACUCGACGCCCGUCGACAUCAAACAGCUCAACCCCAACAAGGCCUAUAUCCAGGUUACGUACGUGGAGCCGUACUUUGACGACUACGAAAUGAAAGACCGGCUUACCAACUUCGAGAAGAACUUCAACCUGCGGCGCUUCAUGUACACCACGCCCUUCACCAAGAGCGGGCGUCCGCGGGGUGAGCUCAACGAGCAGUACAAGAGGAAGACCAUCCUCACCACCAUUCACGCCUUUCCUUACAUCAAGACGCGCAUCAACGUCAUCCAGAAGGAGGAGUUUGACCUGACUCCUAUUGAGGUGGCCAUAGAGGACAUGCAGAAGAAAACCAGGGAGCUGGCGGUGGCCACGCACAGAGAGCAACCCGACGCUGUCAUGUUACAGAUGUUGCUGCAAGGUUCGGUGGGAGCCACCGUUAACCAGGGCCCGCUGGAAGUGGCCCAGGUUUUCCUGAAUGAGAUCCCGGCGGACCCCAAGCUCUUCCGCCACCACAAUAAACUGCGGCUGUGUUUCAAGGAGUUUAUUAUGAGGUGCGGCGAGGCGGUCGAGAAGAACAAGCACUUAAUCACGUCAGACCAGAAGGAGUACCAGCAGGAACUGAAGAAGAACUACAACCGUCUGCGUGAGAGCUUGAGGCCCAUGCUGGAGAGGAAGAUCCCCGAACUGUACAAGCCCAUCAUCAGACCUCGGCUGGAGAACAGGGAUUCCUUCAAACGUCUGAGUUUUCGCAAAACUCAGGAGGAAGUAGCCUGAGAGGCCGCGGCGAUACGACGUCUUGUUGAAGACGAGGAAUAACUUUCCGGCGGCGACCUCAGAACACCACGACAGUCGGUUCACAGCUCUGAAAAUGGCAACCAGCAGUGUUAAUAAUAAUAAUAAUAAUACAUUUGAAAAUUCUCGUAGCGAUCUCGACUUGACUCUCGGAGCACUUCACUGGAACAUAUCCACGUCCUAAUGAUGCUGCAAACGUUUUACGGCGUUCUCGAUUACGGUCCUCGCUGGCUCAGGACCUGGUUUGUGUGCCAAUAUUGCUGCCUGCCACCUUGUGUGCGUGCGUGCGUACGUUUGUUUUUGCGAGUGGACGUGACGAUGCUGAGUCCCUCACGCAAUAAAUGGUUCUCUUGUGUGCUCAAGGGCUCACUGAAAUUCUAAAUCUCACCGUUAAACGUGCAAUUUAGAUGUUUGUAUGUUUGAAUUUGAGGCUACUAUUAUUAUUAUUUUUUUUUUAUUUAACUUAUUUGGAGUUACCUGACAAGUGUGCUUGCCUUUGAUGGACUUAGCUGCACUAGAUUAUAUGACAAAAAAUAGUGUCCCAAUCUUUCAGGAAAAAUUACAUUUUAUUUUGUAGAAGUCUAUUUUUAGAUAACAGGGACGUUGGUAUUGAUUAAAAAUACUAAUAGUAAGGGUUUGGUACUAAUUAAUGUUUCACAGUGCCAAAAAUGUUUUUUUUCUUCCAUGUUUUAGAGACCCAUAAUUUCAAAUGCCACUGCACAUAUAUUUCUUUUUUAUGUUUACUUUUUCUCAGAAUACAUUCCAGGAGAUACAUUUCCCAAAUGGUCCUGUAAAUAUCUCAUUUCACUUAAAACGUUUGUGUGUGUGUGUGUGGUUCUUUAUUUUUAUUCAGCUAGUUAAUCCAGGGCACAAUCGCAAAAUUAGGCUUGUGUACAGUUUUAUAAAAUUGGUAAUUGUUGAUACACAUAACUGUGUUAAAUAAAAUUCUAUUUUCCAAAUCA